AUGUUUCGACAGAUAGGGAUUCAUCCAGCUGAUUCCGACUGGCAAAGAGUUCUGUGGAGGCAGGAUGAAUCGCAACCAAUGCAAGAUUAUCGGUGUGUCACGGUGACCUACGGCACUGCUUCAGCCCCAUAUCUCUCGCUUCGAGUCAUGAAGCAGCUUUCGCUCGAUGGUGCCCAUGAAUAUCCUGAGGCAGCUGUCAUCCUUCAACAGAUGCUGUAUGUUGAUGACAUUUUCGCCGGCGCAGACUCUGUGAACGAUGCUCUUCGUAAGCGAGAUCAGCUGUUGGCGUUACUCGGAAUGGCUGGUAUGGCACUCAGCAAGUGGGCGGCUAACGAGGAUCAAUUAUUGUCAGGCUUACAAUCCACUGCUUACAAGACGGAGGUAACGGUAAAAAACACCGAGGUAAUCUCAACUUUGGGUCUUAAAUGGUUGCCAGGCGAGGAUACCUUUACUUUUUCAGUUCAUACUGCAUCUCAAGCUCUACAAGUCACUAAGCGUUCGAUUUUAUCUGAAAUAGCCAGAUUAUUUGACCCACUUGGCUGGCUGGCACCUAUAAUUAUUGUAGCUAAAGUUUUAAUGCAAGACUUAUGGCUUGAUAACCUCGAUUGGGACACGCCAGUGCCGGAAUCUUUACAGGAUAGGUGGCUGCAGUUCAAGGCUGAGCUUCCAAAUAUCUCUCUCAUUCGGAUCCCAAGGUGGCUUAACACAACUGAGAAGGAAGAGUGGCAUCUACAUGGGUUUGCUGACGCAUCGCAGAGAGCAUACGCAGCUGCUGUUUACUCUGUCGUACCAGGUCGUCAGCCUAUGCUUCUGUUGGCGAAGACUAAGGUCGCACCAACAAAGGUUCAGUCACUGCCGAGGUUGGAGCUCUGCGCUGCUACCCUGCUGGCACGACUUAUCAAUCAUCUGCUUGAAUCGCUGCUAAAACCGCCGGUUAACAUCCACGCCUGGUCGGACUCUAGGGUUGUUUUGGAAUGGCUAAAGAGUCAUCCUUCAAGGUGGCAGACCUUCGUGGCCAACCGGACUAGCGAAAUAAAAACCCGGUUGCCAACUGCGACUUGGAGGCACGUGAGGUCCGCCAAUAAUGCAGCAGACUGUGCGACUAGAGGCCUCACACCAUCCGUACUCGCCGAUUAUCAGUUGUGGUGGCAUGGACCAGCUUGGCUGCCACUGCCAGAGUCUGCUUGGCCGACUUUAGGCCCCUUUAAACCCCAGAUAGAUGAAGAGGUUCACGUUCUUGCAGCCACCGAAGUGAAAAUCGACGAUGACAGAACAACUUCUGGAUGUAACUGCUUACCAUCCCUUCAGCAGUUCUCAAAUUUUAGCAAGAUAAUUCGUAUUUUAGCUUACUGCUGUGCUUGGCGUUUUAAAGCCACUGCAAAAACCCAAGACUCAAAUCGAAUCUUGUCUCAAAGAGACUGGGCCAUGGCUCGUAUCUACUGUUUCAGAGCCAUUCAACUCCAACAUUUUAAAGAAGAGCACGCUCAGUUACUCUCUGGGAAGCCGCUCUCCAAACGAAGCCUGCUCGCACGUCUUAGCCCGUUUGUAUGCAGUCAAGGUCUCAUUCGGGUUGGAGGACGUCUACACCUCUCAGCACUUCCUUACAACGAGAAGCACCCUGUGAUUUUACCUGGUGCGUGUAUCUUUGUGAAACGCCUAGUAGAAGAGACCCAUGAAUUGACACUCCACGGUGGCACCCAACUCAUGCUGUCGCACUUGUACCGAUCCCUGUGGAUAACAAGAGGAUCUGCUGUGGCCACAGGAGUUUAUCGACGCUGCGUACGAUGUGCUCGUUUCAACGUACCACGCCUGACCCAGCAGAUGGGACCGUUGCUGAUUACACGCACAACGCCUUCUCGUGCCUUCACGGUUACUGGGUUGGACUAUACCAGUCCGUUUCCUGUGCUGUUCUCAAGAGGCAGAGGAGCAAAAACGACGAAGGGCUACAUCGCUAUAUUUAUUUGUCUUGUUACUCGAGCAGUACAUAUUGAAGUGGUGUCUGACCUUUCCACCGAUUGUUUCAUUGCAGUUUUUACUCGUUUCACAGCUCGUCGAGGUGUGUGCCACACCAUUUAUUCAGACAACGCCACCACGUUCACGAAAGCAGCGAAGGAGCUAAAAGCUCUGUUCAACUCGGCGUCGCCUUUCUUCGACUGCAUUGCCUCUACACUGGCUAGUCGUGGCACCGAGUGGUCCUUUAUCCCUCCACGAGCUCCUCACUUUGGUAGUCUGUGGGAGGCUGCCGUUCGGAGCUUUAAACAUCAUUUCCGUAGAGUGAUUAGAGAGCUCAAGCUCACCUUCGAAGAGCUUACUACAUUGGCCACUAAGAUCGAGGCCUAA